AAGCGGGAAACAGAUUUUUUGUUUCCUUUGUUUUCAAUUACGUGAACAUUUAAAGGUUGAUUUUUAAUUGUUAUUCAUUUAUUGUUGAUUACUUGCAUUUACACUUUUGUUUAACUGGGAAUUCAGAUAAAUUGAUUUACAUCAACAUGGAUGAUGAUUUAAUUUGGGACGAAGAAAUUGCUGAAGAAAUUGAAGAAGAUUCUCCAAUUGAUGUCGGUCCAGAAGCUUUGAUUGAAGUGGAAGAAGACGCUUCUCAUGUGAAAUGGUCUCGUAAUGAUGCACCUUCACUCGAUUCGUCAACUACUCCACUAAUUUUCCAACAAAUUGAAAUAGAUCAUUACAUUGGGGAUCAUAAAGAAGGUAUGCCGGGUGUUGUUAACUCUGUCGGGCCCAUAAUGCGUGUUUAUGGUAUUACAAUGGAAGGUUAUUCGGUUAUGGCUCAUGUUCAUGGGUUUACUCCUUACUUUUACAUCGUGGCUCCUCCAGGAUUUAAAGAGGAACAAUUACCCAACAUGCAAAAGAAAUUAAAGACCUUAGCUCUUACCGAUAAAAGAAAUGACGCUAUUAAUGAGCCUAUUCUACAAUUGGAGCUUGUAAAUAAAGCGAACAUGUAUGGUUAUGGUAACAAUGAGAAGAUUCCAUUCAUCAAAAUCACUGUUGCUGUUCCAUCUCUUGUUGGUUCUGUUUCUCGAAUUUUAGAAAGAUCUGGAGGAAUGUUCGGAUUUCCAGCAGAUAUCCAGUGUUUCGAGAGUAACAUUGACUUUGACAUUCGUUUCAUGGUUGAUACCAAAGUUGUCGGCUGUAAUUGGAUUGAACUUCCAGUUGGUAAAUAUAAGGUUCGAGCUGAUAAGUUGACAAAGCUUUCUCGUUGUCAAUACGAGGUUGACAUUGCUUGGAAUGAUUUUAUUUCUUAUGCACCCGAAGAUGAAUGGUCGAAAGUUGCUCCAUUUAGAAUCUUGUCUUUCGACAUUGAAUGUGCCGGUCGAAAAGGAAUUUUCCCUGAACCAGAAAAAGAUCCAGUCAUCCAAAUAGCGAACAUGGUUAUUCGUCAAGGUGAAAAGGAACCUUUUCUUCGAGUCAUUUUUACUCUUGGCACUUGUGCUCCAAUUGUGGGAACUGUUGUCAUGUCUUACAAGAAGGAAGAAGAUCUUUUAAAAGCUUGGGCUGAGUUUGUUCGAACUGUUGAUCCCGAUAUUCUAACUGGUUACAAUAUUCAGAAUUUCGAUCUUUACUAUUUAAUCAACAGAGCUGCAACAUUGAAAGUUAAAACAUUCCCCUACCUUGGUCGCGUUAAAACAUCAGUUUCUCGAGUAAAGAAAAAGAUUCUACAAUCAAAGCAGCUCGGAAAACGAGAAAAUAAAGAUAUAAACAUCGAGGGUCGAGUUCAAUUUGAUUUGUUGUUGGUUCUUCUGAGAGAAUACAAACUGAGAUCUUAUACUUUGAACGCUGUUUCUUAUCAUUUUCUUACUGAACAAAAGGAAGAUGUUCAUCAUUCCAUAAUUACUGAUCUUCAAAAUGGCGACGAAUUGACUCGUCGUCGAUUAGCAGUUUACUGUUGCAAAGAUGCGCUUCUACCUUUACGUCUUCUCGAAAAACUCAUGUGUAUCAUCAAUCACAUGGAAAUGGCUCGUGUAACGGGUGUUCCUUUGAGUUUUCUUCUAGUUAGAGGACAACAGAUUAAAGUAGUGUCUCAGCUUCUUCGACAAGCAGCCGAUGAAGAUCUUCUAAUGCCCGCUAUGAAACCAGAACAAGGAGAUGAUUUCGCUGGUGCUUUAGUCAUUGAACCAAUUCGAGGUUAUUACGAUGUUCCGAUCGCAACUCUUGACUUUUCUUCCCUGUAUCCUUCUAUUAUGAUGGCUCACAAUUUAUGUUAUACUUCACUACUUCGACCUUCACAAUUGGCUAAGAUGAAUCCUGAUGAGUACAUAAAAACACCCGCAGGCGCUUAUUUCGUCAAAAGUAAAGUUCGAAAGGGAUUGUUACCUAGAAUUUUGGAGCAACUAUUAGGUGCUCGUGCUAAAGCAAAAGCUGAUUUGAAGAAAGAAACUGAUCCAUUUAAGAAAAAAGUUCUCGAUGGUCGUCAAUUAGCUCUAAAGAUUAGUGCCAAUUCUGUCUACGGUUUCACCGGAGCUCAAGUCGGUAAAUUGCCUUGUCUCGAGAUCUCUCAAUCCGUUACAGCUUUUGGUCGACAAAUGAUUGACCAAACCAAGAACAUUGUCGAAAAACAAUUCAAUUUAGCUAAUGGUUAUGUCGCUGAUUCUUUGGUUAUUUAUGGUGAUACUGAUUCAGUUAUGGUGAAAUUCGGAGUGUCAACAGUCGCAGAAGCCAUGAAACUUGGUAAAGAAGCGGCUGAUUUUGUGAGCGAACAAUUUAUCAAACCAAUUAAACUAGAAUUCGAAAAAGUUUAUUAUCCUUACCUGUUAAUCAACAAGAAACGAUAUGCUGGCCUUUAUUACACUCGACCAGAUAAAUUUGACAAAAUGGAUUGUAAAGGAAUUGAAACAGUUCGUCGAGAUAAUUGUCGAUUAGUGGCCAGUUUGAUCAAUACAAGUCUUCAGAAAUUAUUGAUUGAUCGUGAUCCCGAUGGAGCUGUUGCUUAUGCUCAACAAGUAAUUUCCGAUCUUCUUUGUAAUAAAGUGGACAUUUCGAAUCUUGUGAUUACCAAAGAAUUGACCAAAACAGAUAAAGAAUAUGCCGCAAAACAAGCACAUGUUGAAUUAGCACAUCGAAUGGCCAAACGUGACGCUGGAUCGGCGCCCAAAUUGGGAGAUCGUGUCCCUUAUGUGAUAAUCAAUGCUCCAAAAGGAACCGCUGCCUACAUGAAAUCGGAAGAUCCUUUGUACGUGUUGGAGAACAACAUUCCAAUCGAUACUCAAUAUUAUCUGGACAAUCAAAUAUCGAAACCAUUGCUCAGAAUUUUCGAGCCGAUUCUUGGAGAAAAAGCAGAAUCUGUCCUUCUCAAAGGAGAUCACACUCGAACCAAGAUCGUGGUCACUUCUAAAGUAGGAGCUCUUGCGAUGUUCACUCAAAAGAGAAACAAUUGUCUCGGAUGUCGAACAAUGUUGAGAGCAGAAGAUGAGAAAGAAUCACUUGUCGUGUGUAAACAUUGUCGAGAUCGAGAAGGCGAAUUGUUCCAAGGAGAAAUAAUUAAAAUGAAUCAAUUGGAAAUAAAGUUCAAUAAACUGUGGACUCAAUGCCAGCGAUGCCAAGGAAGCCUUUUAGAAGAGGUCAUUUGCACGGCGAAUGAUUGUCCGAUUUUCUAUAUGAGGAAAAAAAUCCAAAAGGAAGCGACCGAUCAGGAUAAGAUUAUCCAAAGAUUUGGUUACUAUCAGUGGUAAUUGUUGAUCUACAAUCUUAAGAUUAUAUUUUAUUAAUCAUCUCUCUUAAUGGUCAAGCUUGACCCUUUGUAAACUAUUUUAUUCUCGUGUUUUCUCAAUAAACGAGCUUCAACUUA